AUGUCGGAGGAAAGCUUGAACACGGAAGAAAGCGAGCGCCGUUGGUUGGAGAAUCCUGGGAUCCUGACGCGACAUGAGCGAGUAUGGAGGAGUAGGCAGCAGUGGUUGGAGGAGCAUGGAUAUAUGUUGCGCUCCCGUUAUAAACCAGGAUGGGUACCAUCGUGGGUAGGAACAAAGAGAUGGUAUAAUCAUUGUGUCGAUGGUCCGAUGAACCCGACUGGCCUUAGGGUCAUUGACGCUACCCGUAUAUCAGAUGGCACAUUCGUCAUGCUCAAAUGGGUCAAGGUAGACAAUCCCUCCGAAGUUGAGAUCACACGAUAUCUAUCAUCUAAGCCUUUAACCUCCGACCCUCGCAAUCACUGCAAUCCUGUUCUCGACGUACUACCUCUCCCUGAUCCCCGAGAUGGUGCCCUCCUGGUCACACCCAUGCUGAGACCAUUUGACAACCCUCGAUUUGAGACUUUUGGAGAAGCCGUUUCGUUCUUCAGCCAAAUCUUCAUCGGCCUGCAAUUUUUGCAUGAACAUCGUAUCGCACAUCGGGAUUGCACUUCGGGCAACAUCAUGAUGGAGCCUAUAAUGUUUCCUAAGCCGUAUCACCCCAUUAAGAUCGAGCGCAGGCGUGAUUGGAAGGGGCGUGCGGCGUAUUAUACACGUACGGAAUGCCCUCCGCGUUACCUCUUCAUUGACUUCGGCCUCUCAAUUCGUUACCCGGAUUCCGAUGACGGGCCACACCUCGAGCUGCCCAUCAGAGGUGGCGAUAAAACGGCGCCCGAACACACUGGGCAUAAUUAUCUGGUUCCGUGCGAUCCGUUUGCUACCGAUGUAUAUUAUCUUGGAAACUUGAUUCGGGAGCAGUUUCUCCAGGUAUGUUUUCGACGUCCUCGGAAGCGGUAUGGAUUCAAUUUCAUGGGGUGUCUCGUUGCCGACAUGGUACAGGACGACCCAUCGAAACGUCCCAAGAUUGACGAAGUUGUCCGCCGAUUUGAGAUUAUCCGAAAGUCGCUCAGCUGGUGGAAGCUAAGGUCCCGCAUUCGUGGACGAAAGGAGAUCACUCCCGUCCGGUUUUGGAGGGCAUGCAUUCACAUAUAUCACACAACUCUAUACUUGGCCACUCGUACACCCGCUAUUCCUGAUGCAUGA